CCCCACUCAAGUCACUUGUGGCUAGAAAGUGGUGACCUAGAAGCUGACCACUUGUAGAGCGUCACAUUUUCCUGGAUCUGCAGAAUGGAGGGUCACUGUAAAAGAAACGAAGAUUCAGGUACCAGCCAUCUGGACAGUGCUUGAGCUGCAGAAACUGAGACCACUCCUCCAAGGACCUCCAGUCUGAGCAUCUCUAGUGACCUUCUCUGCAUUAGCUGUCACUGCUACAGUUAUUUUUAGCUGCAAGUUCCUGCAGGGUGGGGCACCUAUCUGAAUCAGAGCUUGGUGCCCCCUGCCCACUGACGCUACAUCCCAGGCUGCUGCUGCCGCCUGUCAUUUCAGGAUGAAAGGGGAGACCCCUGUGAACAGCACUAUGAGUAUUGGCCAAGCACGCAAGAUGGUGGAACAGCUUAAGAUUGAGGCCAGUUUGUGCCGAAUAAAGGUGUCCAAGGCGGCAGCAGACUUGAUGACUUACUGUGAUGCUCACGCUUGUGAGGAUCCCCUCAUCACUCCUGUGCCCACUUCGGAAAACCCAUUCCGGGAGAAGAAGUUCUUCUGUGCCCUCCUCUGAAGAGUUUUGUCCCUCUGAACUCAUCUCCCCUCCGAGACCCGCCCUUAGAUCGGAAAUUGUAGCAGCCUGUUUCUACCCAUACCUAUCAUGAGAUUCGCUGAAGCACAAGCCCUCCUUACCCAUGUCUACCCCAUCUCCUCACCCUGAGGCCAACUACAAAUACCUUUUACUCCAUCCAGAGGGACCCCGCUAAACUGCCAGAAUUCUGCCUGAUUCCCUCUGUGAUCCGUUCAGGCAAUGGAGAGGGGGAUGCCCGGGUGCUUGUUCUCAGUCUCACCUGGAGCUAUUGGAAAGGUAAAGGCAUUUGAAGAAUAAAGUCAUCCAGAGCCUCAGA